AUGACUGAAACAGUAGAAGCUCGGUCGUCGACCACCACCACCACCAUGGUCAUCGACGGCAAGAUCGGAGACGCCGCGCUGCUACUUGCACAGAAACCAAAGAAAACGUUCUCAGAUGAGAUAAACUCUACGUUCAGCUCGCCGCUGGCCUGGAUCCUGGUCCUGGCCCUCAUCAUUACGUGGUCUUGUGUUUUUGUCAUCAUGUUUGAUCUGAUAGACUACAAGACACUGUCAGGUCAGCCGCCUCCUAUCGUCAGGAAGGGUUUAAAGGAAUCAGGGCCUAGAGGAGGCCUCACAAAGAUCGGCUCGGACCCCGUGGGUGCAGUGAACCAAGCCAUGGAGGAGUCAACUAACAUGAUCAGUGUAAUAUUAAAAUUUGCUGCCAGCCUGGUCGCUCCUGAAGAAGAUGAAGUUUUAGUUUUAGGGAUGCAAGCAAAGACUCUACCAGUGGUUGAAGUUGUGGAGGAGGAAGAGGAGGAGGAGGAGGAAGGAGGAGAGGGAGAAGAAAUGGAGGCUGCUGGAGAGGAAGAGGAGGAGGAAGAGGAGGAGGAUGAGGAAGAAUAUGAUGACGAGGAGGAAUAUGAGGAUGAAGAGGAAUACGAUGAUGAAGAAUAUGAGGAGGAGGAAGAGGAGGAGGAGGAGGAGGGAGAAGAAGAAGAGGAGGAGCAGGAAGAGGAGGAGGAAGCAGCAGGAGUGGAAGAGGAGGAAGAGGGAGCAGAAGAGGAGGAGGAGGAGGAAGCAGCAGGAGUGGAAGAGGAGGAAGAGGGAGCAGAAGAGGAGGAGGAGGAAGAAGGACCAGUCGAAGCAGCUGCAGCUAAAGAGGCAAAGGCAGAGAAGGAGGAAGAGGAGGGGGAUGAAGAUGAUGAAGAUGAGGAAGAGGAAACAGAACCCGAAGCAGCCGCACCUGCUGACGAAGAUGAUAAUGAUGAAGAAGAAGAAGCAAAAGAAGGGGAAGGAGAAGAAGUGGCUGCUGCUGCUGAUGAUGAUGAUGAAGAUGAUGAAGAAGAUGAGGAACCUGCUGCUGCUGAGGAUGAUGAAGAUGAAGAAGAAGAUGAUGAUGAAGAUGAAGAAGUUUCUCCUGAGCCGAUCUCCACCUCUGAGGAUGAAGAUUCGGCUGUGUCACCUGACUCUGAGUCCGACGUACCUGUUGACAUCAAAGACAGUGAUGAAGAUGAGGUGACUCUCCCUGAAAAAGAAGAAGAUGAUGAUGAAGAUGAAGAUGACGAAGAUGAUGACACCAGUGACGAUGCAUUCACUGACACCUCGGACGUCACUGAAUCUGUACUUCUCUCCAGUGAUGAGGAGGGUGUCGCAUCAUCUGAUAGCGAUGAUGUCAUCGCAGAAGACACAGAAGACGACCUCGAUCUUCCUCCUGUUGCCGUUGACGACGAGGAUGAUGAUGAUGAUGAUGCUCACAAACUGGCAGAAGAGGAAGAGCUCCCUCCACUUCCUGCUCUCGAAGACGACGAUGAUGAUGAUGAAAACAAACACCUCGACACUCGUGAUGAGGAACAUGAUGAUGAUGAUGAUGAUGAUGCUCACAAACUGGCAGAAGAGGAAGAGCUCCCUCCACUUCCUGCUCUCGAAGAAGAUGAUGUCGAUGAUGAAGACAAACACCUCGACACUCAUGAUGAGGAAGAUGAUGAUGAUGAUGAAGAUGAUCUGGACCAAUCAGACGAGGACAUUUCCGUCGCCUCAUCUGACCGAUUCGCAGACGACGAAGACGAUGAGGAAGACAGCGAUCUCGACGAUAUUGAGCACGACCUCGCCGAAUUCGACCUCGAACACAAACUCGAUGAUGUCACUGAGGAAGACAUCCAUGACGAAGAUAAAGAUGAUGAAGAUAAAGAGGAAGAAAUUGACCUUCCUCCGGUUUACAGCACAGACAGCGGAGUCUUAGGCGAUGAUGACUACGAUGAUGUCACUCUCAAAACUGAUGAAGAGUCACUUGCAGAGACCUUCUACAGUGACGACAUCUCCUAUGAGACUACUGAUGAUGACGAUGAUGAUGAUGAAGAUAUUGAUACCAGCUCAUUUGAGUUCACGUUGGAUCGAGAAGACGAUAAAGAUGAAAUCACACUAGAAUGA